AUGGCUUCGACAUCAACUAACGGUCCCAUGUACAAGAUUGACCCUGCUCAUCAUUUUCAGUCUAUAGCGUUACAGGUUUGGGCAUAUGAGUCUAUACCAACCAUCACUGAAUGUGGUGUACAUAAAGUAAGCAACGAUGCAAUACCACGAAUGCUGAGGUGGGUGUGCGAACUAUCGCCGAAGUCUCAUGUCCUACAGAGCCAGGUGUUUGACUCACCAAUGUUCUUAAUUAACGUGGUAAUUGAGAUGAUGCCUGAAGAGGAGGAGCAUCUAAGAAUGUCUUCAGGGGAACUUGUUGAGAAAUCUCAUCCAUAUAACACCGUUUCUGAGAAGAAUGGUGAUUCAAAACGACCAGGAGAAGCUAGUAAUGAUGACAAUGACUGCAAAAAGAGUAAGAAAAAGAAGAAGUGGAAGUCUAAGAUGAAAGCAGUUGUUCGAAAACUCAAAUAUCGAGUAGCGGUUCUCGAGAAUGAACGUGGAAGCCUAAAAUCAAUGCUGUCGACUAUAUUGAAACACCUUGAAGUUCAAAAAAAGGGUGAAGAAGGAGACUGCACGGGAGUUGAAGGUCAUGAUGCCCAGACCGAAGAUGUUGACACACCCGGUACACCUUCUUGGUUGAGGAUGCCAAAGGAGGAUGACACAAGUGAUGGGGUGAAACACGUUGAACUUCAAAAGCAGGGUGUCGAAGCAAACCGCACGGAGGAUGACCCAAUGGACGAGUUGGAUAAGAAGGUUCAUAUUGAUUUGGAGGAGCCAAUAGACGUCGUUGACGAUUUCAACGAGGAAAUUGGAGUAAAAAGUCUUACUUAUUUUGAUUCAGACAUCAUGGAAAUAGAACCAUUAUCCACUAAACGACCACACGUUCGGCCCGCACGUAGCAAGCGUGCAAGUGUAUACUUGUCAACCCCCUUCACAGCUUUAGAUAAACGGACUACAAAAUCAACCACCACCACCUCUCAGUCUCAACCAUCCGUCUAUGAUCCUAUGCACAAAAUACCUGACGCCCAUUUAGAUCGACUCAGAGCUUGGAUCACAGACAAGCGUACGAAAGAUGAGGUGCGUGAAACUUUUCACGAGAAAAAAUCGAAGGAGUUUUUCAGAGACUUGUUCAUGUGUCGUCGGUGGUUGGCGGAUGAGCAUUUGGAUGCACUCUUUCUUCUCAUUCGCUUCAACAUUAAGACAGCCAUGAUACCUUCUGCUCAAAACUUCACAACUGUAGACACACUAUUCAUGCGACUAUUAGUUGCGAAGUGGCCUGAAUACCAAGAAUGUAUUAAAGAGAAUCGACCAUUUCACUGGAAGGAGGAGUAUCGGUUGGUUGACUAUGUUGUCGGAUCAAGACAAGACUUUCAAGAUCCUUGGGUGAAUGUUGAUUACAUUUACUCUCCAUUCAAUAUCCAUGGCAAUCAUUGGAUUCUAUUAUGCUUGGACUUGGUACGUUGUGAAGUUAAGGUAUGAGAUU